CAUCCGCAAAUCAAGCAGCUCGAGCAGCGUGGACACACACACACACACACACACAUACAAGCAUACACACACCGAAGGAAGGAAGGAAGAAAGAAAACAAGGACGAAAGCGAGACAAAGAAAGGAAGGUAAAGAAUCACUGGUGCUGGGUUCUGAUCCCGAGAACCUUGAGAAGAACCGAGGGAGAAUCUUGUGGAGAACCUCGAGGAGAUCAAAGCAGAAGGAUGCAGUGUUCGGUGACGAUGAAGAUGAAAAAGAUGACGGCGGUGGCUCUGGCAAUUUGACAUCCCUCUCCGCCAGCCAAGACACGUGGAAUAUUAUCAAGCCCUGCAGCAAGCGCGUUAUCAGAAUGCUCUUUGAAAGAUUGUAGUAUUUCAGACCUCCACCAGGAAGCCUCACUGGGGAGGGAAAUACGGCAAGCCUUGAGAGACUUUUUCUUUCUCAGCAAGAUGGAAUCAUGUAGAAAUGUUUUCUGACCAUUAGGGGUGUGGGUUGAUUUGUUUGAUUUGUCUUUUCAUUUCUUUUUCUGGACUUCCGAGAUUCGGAACCAGACUGCCAAAUAAAAAUGGUUCUGCACACAUCCCCUUACCCAAGUGCCUUUCUCAAUUUUCUCAGCAACCUAUCCUGGGCCCUGGUUUUCCCGUGUUACUGGAUGUUGGACAGGCUCCUGGCUUCAUGUGUGGCCACAUCACUUGAAAAGCGAAGGCGCUCGCAGGACCCCUGCUCUUUUCUGGCUCUAGGGAUGUUAAUUUCUACACCGCUGUACCUAGUACUGCUCCUGGCAUCCCUACCAUUUGCCCUGCUGGGAUUUCUGGUCUGGGCACCUCUGCAGGCAUCACGCCAUCCAUAUAUCUACACGUACCGAAAACCAGAUGCAAAUCGGGCAGAGCAUGGUACUGUUGCCGGGUCUGGGUCAGGAAUUAACGAAUGGCGCCCCCAAGGUCGUAGUUUCUGCUUUGGCAGUGCCAACGUGUGCCUUCUUCCGGACUCGCUGGCUCGCUUCAACAACUUGGCAGACACUCAGCGCAGGGCACGAGAGGUGGGCAAGCGCAUCCGUAAUGGUGCGAGCCGACCACAAAUCAAGAUCUACAUCGAUUCUCCUACAAACACCUCAAUCAGCGCUGUGUCCUUCUGCAGCGUGGCUACACAAGGCUUCCGGCGAACAUCCUCGCUAGACCAUCGUCCUGAACCAGCGACAGUAAGUGACGCUGACAGCGAUCCUGUUGCGGAGUGUCCAGUGCAUUCAUCUGGUGGAACAACUUCGGACUGCCCUGUCCAUAAUACGCAAAAUGUUCCUGAAUGUCCCUUGCACCCUAAUGGGGAAGAAGCUUCUUCAGAUUGUCCCAUCCACCAAUCGCCAGAUACACAGGCAUCCAGUGAUUGUCCGGUCCACUCCACCACAGUGGCCACAAACUCCGAAGAAUGUCCAUUGCAUCCAUCAGGGGUCCAGAUCAGCAUUACAUCACCUGACCCCGAGCCUUCUGAGGAGGAAGAACGAAACCAUCAAACAAGUGAGGGAGAUAUGGGCAGCAUGCACAGUCGUGCUGCCUCCCGUGAGUCUUUGACCCGUUUCCAUGGGGCCACUGAUGGAGGAAUACCAUCCAACAAUACUCUUUCACAACACCGUACCUCUGUUUUUAAAAGGCCAGUCGGCCGCAAGCGUCGACAAGGGGAUGACGGCUUUGACCAUGAGAUCUCAGCUUUUUUUCCUGCCAAUUUGGAUUUCCUGUGCCUGCAGGAAGUGUUCGACAGACGGGCUUCAGAAAGGCUUUGCUGUCAGCUACACCGCUACUUUCCAUAUGUCCUGAGUGAUGUGGGACGCUAUGGCUGGAAGGGUUGCUGCUCAAGAUUCAAGUUCCUAAACAGUGGACUUGUCCUGGCCAGCCGAUACCCCAUCCUGGAUGCACAUUAUGAGUGUUACCCUAAUGGCCGUUCAGAAGAUGCACUCGCUUCCAAGGGUGUUCUCUAUGCCAAGGUCCAGGUGGGCACCUCGCACCAGGAACAGAGGAUUGUGGGAUACAUCGCCUGCACACACCUCCAUGCCAUAGAAGGCGAUGCGACGGUGCGUUGCGAGCAGUUGGAUCUGCUCUUGCAGUGGGGUGCCGAGUUUAAGAAGGCCACGUCUCAAUCCCCAGGUCAGGAAAAAGGUAUGGAGGACCAGGUCGCCUUUGACAUCGUCCUCGGAGACCUCAACUUCGAUAACUGCUCCUCAGAGGAUAAGUUGGAGCAACAGCACGCUAUUUUUACUCAGUACAGAGAUCCGUGUCGGCUCGGGCCUGGAGAGGACAAACCAUGGGCUUUGGGUACCCUACUGGACACGAGUGGCUUAUAUGAUGAAGAAGUCAGCUCACCAGAGAGUCUACAAAAGGUUAUGGAGAACGAAGAGUGCAGGAAGGAGUACUUGGUUUUCCCGACCAGUAAGAACCAGUGUCCGAGUCAGAAGGGUCGCAAAAUCCCGCUGAAGGGGAACGGACGCAGGAUCGACUACAUCCUGUACAGAGAGGAAGGCCUACACGCCGACUGGAAAGUGGACAUCGAGGAGUUCAGUUUCAUCACACAGCUGGCCGGACUGACCGAUCACCUCUCGGUGGCAGCGCGACUCGCCGUCUCUACAGGAGAGGAAGAGUCCUAAAGAGUGCGACUUCCUGUUUCACAUUGCCACGGAAACAAAGAGUGAGAGAGAAAAAGCAGAACUGAAUACUGCUCAGAGGGAAAAAGUGGAAAAAAAGUGUGACGUUCAUCCUCAUGAGUGACACUAUGGAAGUUUAGCGUCUCUUUCUCACACACACACACACACACACACACACACACACACACACUCCACACUGUCCUCUGACAACACAAGGAUCUCACUUUCUUGAACUCUCUCACUUCCUCGAUUGCGACUUCAUCCUUAAAAGUGAGAUUUUACGUCCUUAUCGCUCUCGGUCACACGAGCUCUGCCCACCCACGCGACUUUCGCUUCUCUGUGAACAUCGACAGACUCGAGGAGAAAACUUCUCCAUGUUCCUGUGCCAUGACGUGAGGACGUUAUUGAGAGGAAGCCUGGAUUCAGAGUAUUGCAUGUCCUGAAGAUUAACACGUAAAUCCGAAUGCGUUUUUUUCCCACCUGAACUCUCCUCGAGAACCUCAGCGAGAAGUGUCUUUCUUUCUUUUCUAACCUCUUUCUAGACCUUUCUAUGGCCGAGCACCGUCUUUGUAGAGCGUUUGUACGCCGAUGCGAGCGACUCGUAAACUACACGCGGAUUUAUUCAGAAACUCUCGUAUUUCUAGCGGUUUAUUGUAGCCAAUCUUUGGAAUACAGUAGUAAUACUAUGUGUGUGUGUGUGUGUGUGUGUGUGUGUGUGUGUGUGUGUGUGUGUGUGCGUGUUGUAGAUUUUUAGCCGUUUGAUAAACACACAGCCACGAGAAAUCACCAUCCCAAAAUACUGAAAAUGAUUCCGGAUUCAGGUUCUCAGACUCUCAGAAACGUUCACACACACACACACACACACACACACACACACACACACACACACACACACACACACACACACACGUGCUCUGUCCCACACACACUCUUUUUUAUUUCCUUCAGUAUUGCGAAAGUAAUGAUUUUCUACGCUUUUAUUCCAGCCAAUCACAAUCGAUCUGAUGACAUCACUUCUGAAUUUUCUUUCCAUUCGAACGGAGCAUGUUUACUGGUUUUAAUUGGGCCACGUGCAAGUCUUAAUAAACUAGCGUUAGCUACCAGUCAGUCGAACUGCCGUUACCCAUCAAUCGUAUCCAAUUACACUGUAUCUGCAAAAGUAUUGGGACACCGGACCUUUCCAAGCCAUACGUGGUUCUUCUUUAAUCUGCAACCACCAAGUUGAAGGACGUCUCAGGAUGUUGUAGCAUGAAAUUUCCCCUUCAUUUGAACUAGGAGACUCAAACCUGCUCCAGCAUGACAAUGCCCCUGUGCACAAAGCAAACUCCAUGAAGAUCUACUUCACAUGGGUUGGAGUGAAAGAUCUCCUGCGAUUGAGCUUUCGAACCCCACGGAACACGUAUCGAGGCCUCCUCACUUCACCUACAUGAGUUCCUAACCUUACUAACACCCUGAAUGAAUCUCCACAAAUAUCUACAAAAUCUAAUGGAACAGCAAAUGAGGAUUUAUUAAACAAGCAAAAGAGGAACAUAGUGAACUUAUGGUCAGGUGUCUACAAAGGUGUGUUCAUACAGUGCAGCUAUCUAAAGUCAGACUAGCAUUUUGUACAUCUAAGCCAAAGCUAAGCUUAUUAACUUUAAGCUAAUUUAUUAUUAGAAUUAUUAUUUAAAUUGGUGUCUAUGUUGGCUAGCGUUCAUUAUUUUGCCAAGCUAGCUAGUGAAUAUCAGGCUAACAUCCUGUUUGCUACAUCAAAUAUCAUUUGAUUUGAUCUUUUCUAUGUAUUAAAACCAGUAUUUCAUGCAUAACAUAUUGAAUAUCGAAGAAGGUGUGUAUCAGGUUUCCUCAUUUUUGAUUUAAGCUCCGCCCCCUGCUAAGAGGCCUUGCAAAUCCAGGACCUUGAUGUUUUCAAAUUCCCAAGAAUUUGUUGUAGAGUAAAAAAAAGGCUCUCUGUUCAGGGUCACAAGGUUUCCUGUGUCCACGUUGAGCCCAGACGACCGCCACCCCGUGCAAAUGUUUACACCCCCCUUCCCUCCCCCAACAUUACUCAGCACUAAGUAGGACACCAGACUCGGACGUCUACACCUCAUGAACUGCUGUAGCUAUUGUUCAUCUGUCUCUUAGUUCAGAUUGCUUUUGUACGUGUUUUAUAUUAGAAUUAUUAUUAUUAUUAUUAUUAUUAUUAUUAUUAUUAUUAUUAUUGUUGUUAUGAAGCAAUGCAGUGUUUUCCCACAUUUUCAAUACAUCAAUUGGCAUCCCGUCUGUCCACGUCCUUUUAUAAAGUCCUAGUGUAUAACUGCUAGAAUAUACAGAUGUUAAAUAUACAGCUGUGUCCCAAAUCCAUGAGCGAGACCUGUUUUUAUUUAAUCAGUUAAGAAUUGAAGCAAAAUAAAAUUUGCUUUACAUAAAUAAAUAAAUUACGUAUAUAAAUUUUAGCGUCAUAAAAAAAUCAGUGCUUAUAAGUUUAUCCAUAAUGAGCGAGCCUGUGGUGAGAGUGGAAAGGAAGGGAGAAUUCCCUGAGAAACCUCCCACAGAAACCUCAUGGAUCUUAAUGCUGUUCAUGUGGAAACAUCCUCAUUUUCAGUGAGUAAUUAAAAAGAACCUCAUCAGGCUGAAUCUGGCAGGUUGUAGCUCAGUGUUGAAGCUGAUUACUGAUUGGAAAGUUGGGGGUUCAGGUCCCGGUAUCACCAAGCUGCCACAUUUGGGGCCCUUGAGCAAGGCCCUUAACCCUCUGUGCUCCAGGGGUGCUGUAUCAUGGAUGACCGUGCGCUCUGUCCCAAGCUUCUCAUUUUUGAAGAAAGAGUUUCACUGUGCUGUAAAGUGCAUGUUUUUUCUCUUUUUUUUUUACUUUCAUGAAAGAAAGGGAAAUGUGAAAAAUCCCUGAGACAAGCCGGUUUCCUGUUCUCUUCCUGUUCCUCUCCAUCACCAGCCUUUCUGCAUAAUACUUUCAAGACUCUGAAGAUCUUACAGAAAACAUCACCAGACCAACGAGUGAAAUGUAAUAUUUAAAAAAAAGUAUUAAACACGAUCGUAUGCCAGACACGUCCCCACGAACGACCUGUUACCAUGGAAACCAUUAGUACAAGCGCAUUCCCCGGAGUUUCUGCUGCUAUAUGAAUACAUUUUCCGACCAAUGAGAAUCGAGCACUCGGUGCUAUAAAUGUUUAAUAACUGAUGAAAUAAAAACAGGCGGUUUUAUAUAUAUAUAUAUAUAUAUAUAUAUAUAUAUAUAUAUAUAUAUAUAUAUAUAUAUAUAUAUAUUUGGAUGUGUGAGAUGUAACGGAUGCUUCUGGGAAAUUCUGGUUUGGUUCGGGUUUUUAAAAUAUUGGAUUGACAUUUUAGUGUAGUUUUUUUUUUGUAUCGAUCUAAAUCAGUGCGGAGUUAUAGACUGAUACGUUUGAAGGUUGCCAUGUUGGGGAAGGAGAGGGAUUUCUGCUUCAUCGAACCCAAUAUGAUUGAUAAAUAAAUAAAUAAAUAAAUAAAUAAAUAAGUCAAUGGUGUCAAGUACCAACCAGAUCAGGCCAAAUAAUCCAAUGUAAAUAAUGAAUAAAAAAAAAAGAUUACCGUCACAUAGAACUUUUAUUUAAACUAAAAUGAACAUAUCUUUUUUAGAUAAUAGCUUUAUUUGUUUAGCACCUCAUAUGUUUUUAUAUGGUGGAAGGCGUUCCGUACGGCGCCAUCAGGAAAAACUAAGAAUUUGUAACAUACACGAGGCCAGUGUGGAGCAGAUGUUCAUUAAAAUAAUGUUGUUUUUAGCAAAUGUUUUGUAGAAAUCCAUCAGAAUAAUAGCAGAAUCUUUUUUUUUUUUUUUUAAGACACCGAUGUUUUGACACCUCGCUCUACCCAGAAUGCAUUGCUGAUGCCCUGGAGAGCAGGCUCGGGGUCAUGGAGAUUUCUGUAUGUGAUUUAAUGUAUGUUUAAAAAAAUAAAGUUAAUACACAUCUGC